CCACAAGCCAGCUUCUUGCUCUCCAGAUGGCCGUGAGCAGUGGCAGUGUAAAUUUCAGUGGUUCUGCCACAUGUUGUUGUCCCGUUAACCAAAUAUUUGGUGCAAUUUCCUUCGAAAAAAGAUUUUUAUUUUCUUUAAGACGUAGAUCUGCAAUUCCUAAACCCUCAUCAUGCCGCUGAGUUGCCGAUAUUACAAGGAGAAAUACCCGGAGGUGGAGGCGGUAGUUAUGGUGAAUGUUCUCAGCAUCGCUGAGAUGGGCGCAUAUGUUCACUUAUUGGAAUACAACAACAUUGAGGGCAUGAUCCUCCUAUCUGAAUUGUCUAGGAGACGUAUCCGAUCAAUCAACAAACUUAUCAGAGUAGGAAAAACAGAACCAGUGGUGGUUAUUCGUGUUGACAAAGAGAAAGGGUACAUUGAUCUGAGUAAGCGGAGAGUGUCACCUGAAGAUGUGGAAAAGUGCACAGAAAGGUUUUCAAAAGCAAAAGCUGUUAAUUCUAUCCUUCGCCAUGUUGCCGAGCUUCUUCACUAUGAAACUGAUGAACAGCUGGAGGAACUCUACCAGAAGACAGCCUGGCAUUUAGAGGACACUCGCAAGAGUUCAGCAUACGAUGCAUUCAAACAAGCAGUAUUAGAUCCAUCUAUUUUGGCUGAAUGUGGGUUGGAUGAAAAAACUCAAGAAGUUCUCCUUAGCAAUAUCAAGCGAAAGCUGACCUCUCAAGCUGUCAAAAUCCGCUCUGACUUUGAAGUUGCUUGCUAUGGCUAUGAGGGAAUUGAUGCCGUUAAAACAGCUCUUCGUGCUGGUUUAGCCUGCUCGACUGAGGAGUUGCCAAUCAAGAUCAAUCUAAUUGCUCCACCUUUGUAUGUCAUGACUACUUCUACCCCCGAAAAGGCUGACGGUUUGAAAGCCCUGAAUACAGCCAUUGACCAAAUCAAGGAGUCCAUUCAAAGCUUGGGAGGCAUCUUCACUAUGCAAAUGGCGCCCAAAGUGGUCACAGCUACAGAUGAAGCUGAACUCGCAAGACAGAUGGAGCGUGCUGAAGCUGAAAAUGCUGAGGUUGCAGGAGAUGAUGAUGAAGAAGAGGAGGAUGAAGGCAUGACUUACAACAGUGGGGGAGAAGAAGAAGAUAAAGAUAAGGAGGAUGUAAAUGGGGUGGAGGAUUGAAACUUAUAAUAUUCUCCAAUGUUUGAAUUUUUGAGUGAGAGUGAGGUUCAACUUCACAGUUGUGCCAAUGAAUUUCAACAGAGUUCUUGCUCAUCUCAAGUUGGUUGUCACUUUUUUUGUUUAUUAAAAAUUAUGUUUAAUAAAUUCUUACUCUGUGGUAGCA